AACAUAACAACGUCGACGCCACUAUCCUGUGUCACAUACCGCGCUCAGUUGUUUAUUUAUUUAAGCAAGGAGCUGUUGUCCACUCGACACUUCUUGCUUGUUAUUUAUUUAUUUAUUUAUUUAUAAGUUUGUUUGUUAAAGUCAAACACAAGUGGAUAAAUAUCUUGGAUAUUUAUUAUCAUUUUUUUUUUAAUCGUCAACAAUGGGUAGAAGAAUAUUUGUGCCAAUAUUGUGGGCCAUUAUGGCGGUCGUGGUCCUUGGACUCCCCGCCGACAACAAAUCGGGGGACAACGACCUAAUGGCAACGAUAUACUCGGACUGCAGCAAAAAUGAUGCCGUUAACUGCAUCAAAGUUAAGUUCUUUAAUUUUGUUGAUAAAAUGCUCACGGACAAAGAGGAUAUCACCCUGUCGGAAGGUAUUACGGUGGUCAAGACUUCUACUGCUGAGGAAGGUGCACCUAGAUCUAUCGACUCAACGGAUGUAGAUACCCUGAUUUUUGACAGGGUGGGAAGGUUCCUCAAGACACACUCCAUUAAAGUUGACCUCAAGGGCAGCGAUAUUCUUGGGGUGGUUGAAUCUGCGGGAAGGAGCUUGGAUGACCUCAGUGAUAGCCUUGUCGAAGGACGGGGUAAAAAGAAGAAGCAGCAGAAAAUGAUGGGUCCGAUAAUGAUGGCAAUGGCAUUAAAAGCCGCAGCUUUGAUGCCUUUGGCGCUGGGAACAAUAGCUCUUAUCGCCGGAAAAGCCCUUCUAGUCGGUAAAAUAGCGCUCGUGAUAUCAGCAAUCAUCGGAUUAAAAAAGUUACUCGGUGGACAGAAGCACGUGACUUAUGAGGUAGUCGCACACCCUCACCACAGCAGUAGCUCUAGCCAUGUGGUCAGCCACGACGACGGAGGUCAUGGUGGUGGUGGUGGUGGUGGCUUCAGCGGAGGUGACUUCGGUGGUGGAUACGGAGGUGGCGGCUCCUCCAGUGGCCAUGGAUGGGCAAGAAGCUUACCUCAAGAUGUACAUCAACAUGCCCAACAAUUAGCCUACAGCGGACAAAUGCCAGUUCAAGCCCAGGCUUAAAUGAUCUCCACCGAUAUAUCUACAAUCUUUAAAUCUUUCUUCUGUUCUGUUAAUUAAUUAUUUAUUUAUUUUCUUCUAUUUAAUUUAAUUUAAUUCCUGGUACCUCGAAAUACUCUUUUUAUUAAAUAAAUUUUAGUAUUUA